CAGCCACGCGCCCAAGCCGACCUCAGGCCGGCUUCUGAGCCUGCAGGUGCCCAGCGGAGCGCAGGCUGAGUCGCCGUCCGAGCCCGACCCGCCGUCUCCGAAUGUAGGCGCGGGGUUCCCAGGUCGAAGCAGGCCCCGAAGCAGGAUGCAGGCGCGCGGGAGCGGCGCGGCGGGACGCCGGGCCUUCGACAGCAUCUGCCCCAACAGGAUGCUGGAUCUGCCCAGCCGGACCCUCGGCAAGCUGGGGAAGCUGGAGAGGAAGUUCGCUCCUCCGCAGAAGUUCUUUCCUGGCUGCAGCGGCGGUAGCCUGGUGUCUGUAUACAAGGACGCCCUGAACCCGGAGCCCCCUGCGCUACCAGCCCUCACCACCAUAGACCUCCAGGACCUGGCCGACUGCUCCUCGCUACUCGGGUCCGACGCGCCGCCUAGUGGUGACCCCGCCGCCUCGCAGAACCAUUCUCUGCAAACGGAUACGGACUUCGAUCUGCAGGAAUUCAGAGACACGGUGGAUGAACUCAUUGCAGACUCAUCCUCCUUGAUGUCGCCUCCCCUGGCCGGCGGAGACUUCCCAUUCUCACCCUGCGACGUAUCCCCGUUCGGGUCCUGCCUUUCCCCGCCUCUGGACCCGCGUGCCCUGUCGUCACCGCCGCUGCACCUUCCAGACGUGACUCCGCCGGAGCAAUACUGGAAGGAGGUGGCCGACCAGAACCAGAAGGCUUUGGGGGACGCGCUCGUCGAGAAUAACCAACUGCACGUGACGCUGACUCAGAAGCAGGAGGAGAUCGCCUCGCUCAAGGAGCGGAACGUGCAGCUGAAGGAACUCGCCAGCCGAACCCGGCACCUGGCCUCGGUGCUGGAUAAGCUAAUGAUCUCGCAGUCCCGGGACUGCGGGGCAGAGGCUGAGCCCUUCCUGCUCAAGGCGACGGCCAAAAGGAGCCUAGAGGAACUAUUCAGCUCUGCGGGACAGAAUUGUACCGAAGUGGAUGCCAUCCUGAGGGAGAUUUCUGAGCGCUGUGACGAAGCUCUGCAGAUGCGCGAUUCCAAGAGGCCGCGGCUGCAGCCGGAGCUCGCGAGCACGGACGAUCCGCCUGGGAACCUGCACGGCUCGUUCCGAGGGCUGCGCACCGACCACAGCCGGAGCGCGCUAAACCUGAGCCACAGUGAGCUGGAGGAGGACGGUUCCUUCAGCACCCCUAUUCGCAGCCACAGCACCAUCCGCACCCUCGCCUUCCCCCAGGGCAACGCCUUCACUAUCCGGACAGCCAACGGGGGUUACAAAUUCCGCUGGGUCCCCAGCUGACCUGGGAUGCAGUCUUCCGAAAUACUGCCCUGUAUCCCUGCUGAAGUCCCUGGCGGCCGAGCGGGGGUAGCUGGAAUUGUUUCCUGAA